CCCCUCUGGGGUGCUCUCCUUCCAGCCCAGCCCAACACUGGAGCGUCUCCUGCUCGCGAACGACAGAAGCAGCUCGGGGUCUCUCCUCUGCCCCUUGGCCAUGGCCGCCAAGCCUGCGGUGCCUGCUCCUCCGCGUUGCAGGGGCCCCAGCCACAGCCGCAGCAGCGGCCACAACCUCUGAGCCCCGGGGGCCGCCGCCGCAGCUGUCUGUCCGUCUGCCCUCCAGCCGGGAUCCAGUCGCUUGCCGCCUCCACCGCGCACCAUGCUACCUGCGGCCGCUUUGGCGAGGCCGCUCGCUGCUCCCUUUGGAACCCUGGUUCACCGCGUUGACAGCCACCUCUUGGGAGCUGGAGUUUUGGGCUCGGACAAUUUGAAAGUACAAUAGUUGUUUGGCUUCCCCCCCCCCCCCCCAGUUCACCGGACCCGCUUCCUUUGCCAUCCCAGCAAGCCUAUCGGAUUUGAGUGGAGCAGUCCCCUGCUGGAGUUGUCUCUCGCCCUCUAUAAAACGCCUAAUCCCCCACUCUAUUUCUAAAACAGUAGAUAUAAUUAACAAUCAAAAGAAAAAGGGAGGAAGAGAAGGGAAAUAUUACUGGGUUACUAUGCACUUGCGACUCAUUUCUUGUUUUUUUAUCAUUUUGAACUUUAUGGAAUACAUCGGCAGCCAAAACGCCUCCCAGGGAAGGCGCCAGCGAAGAAUGCAUCCUAACGUCAGUCAAGGCUGCCAAGGAGGCUGUGCAACGUGUUCAGAUUACAACGGAUGUUUGUCAUGUAAGCCCAGACUAUUUUUUGUUCUGGAAAGAAUUGGCAUGAAGCAGAUCGGAGUGUGUCUCUCUUCAUGUCCAAGUGGAUAUUAUGGAACACGAUAUCCAGAUAUAAAUAAGUGUACAAAAUGCAAAGCUGAUUGUGAUACUUGUUUCAACAAAAAUUUCUGCACAAAAUGUAAAAAUGGAUUUUACUUACACCUUGGAAAGUGCCUUGAUAAUUGCCCAGAAGGUCUGGAAGCCAACAACCAUACCAUGGAGUGCAUCAGUAUUGUACACUGUGAGGCCAGUGAAUGGAGUCCUUGGAGUCCUUGCUUGAAGAAAGGGAAAACAUGUGGUUUCAAAAGGGGGACUGAAACACGAGUCCGAGAAAUAAUACAACAUCCAUCAGCAAAGGGUAAUCUGUGUCCCCCCAUCAAUGAAACAAGGAAGUGUACAGUGCAAAGAAAGAAGUGUCAGAAGGGAGAACGAGGAAAAAAAGGAAGGGAGAGGAAAAGAAAAAAACUUACUAAAGAAGAAAGUAAGGAUGCAAUACCUGAAAACAAAGAUCUGGAACCCAGCAGAGAAACUCCAGAGCAAAGAGAUAACAAAGACAAACAGCAGCAGAAGAAGCGAAAGGCCCACGAUAAGCAACAGAAAUCGGUAUCAGUCAGCACUGUACACUAGAGGGUCAGAUGAGAUUGUUGUAGACUCAUGAUGCUGCUAUCUCAACCAGAUGCCCAGGACAGGUGCUCUAGCUAUAGGACCACAAAUGGACAACGUGUCAGUUACUGCUCAGUCUAAACAACAUUCCAGAUAGUUGCUAUAUCCUUCAUACAAGCAUAGUUAACAACAAAGAGCCCAGAGUUGAAAGAAGGGAUGCUUUCAAAUGAUUAUCAUGCUUCUGCGCAUUUUUAUGAGACAAGAAAUUUUGUACAUAAUUAUCAGUAGGCUAUAAGACUUAACAGCAUAAGGAUGACAUCUGGAGGAGCAACAUCUUUUCCCUACAAAAAUGUUUUCCCAAGAUAUUGUAUUAAGAAGCAAAAGAUAAUUAUGCAAUUCAAAGGCUCAGUAUCCCUUCAAAACAAAUAAGAUAUCCGGGGAGAGAAAGAAACAUCUUUCAAAGGACAGUGUUAUUAUGUCCAGGAGAUAGAUGUAGAGAGUGCUCAUAUAUUAGGGCCUGGCAUUUGGAAUCAUAGGAAUUAUCAUCACAGAAACAACUGCUGUGUGACUAGUUCUGUUGCCCACAUCCUGUCCCUCUGCAAGAAGCAUAAGAGUGCACACCAGAGUUAUAAUAUACUGUAUGGGAUUGGGAAAAGGCAAAAUGUGGAAGAAACCAUAGAGCUGGAGAUGAAGUUUGUAAUUUACAAAACUGUGAAGGGUUGUGAUUACCUGAAACAGAUCUCCAAUCUAUGUCAGCACUGUGUGGCUCAGCCUCCGCUACCCCUUGAAUUAUAUAAGUCUGUAAACAUGUACCUGUAACUUACUUCCAAAAGCAAAAUCCUACUUAUUAGAAGAAAAUUCUGAUUUCAUAGAAUACAAGAACUAGAGCAAGGAGAACAAAUAUAACAUGUUUUCAAAGGCAUGUGUUUACUUUCUUUUUCAAGGGAGGAAAAACAAUAUUAGUACCUGCUUAAUGGUCCACCUGGAAUUAAAAGGGAUAAUACUCUCUAACAAGGUGUAUCUAGUGGGGGGGAAAGCCACCACAAUAAAUAUAUUUGUUGAUAGUU